CGUCUAGAUCAUUCGAUGGAGUUGAAUUGGUGGAUUGAUUGAAUUGGCGCGUCAGUCUCCUGUUGUGACGAAGAAAACGACAAAGGAAGAUGCAAGUACCACGAUAUCAAGGUCCAGCACCUCACGUUUUGAAGAGAGAUACUUCUGAAGAAAAAGGUGAGGAGGCUCGCAUGUCUUCCUUCAUCGGGGCUUUGGCACUCUGCGACUUGGUCAAGACAACUUUGGGUCCAAAGGGAAUGGAUAAGAUCUUACAAUCAGCAAGUGGUGAUAUCAUCGUAACCAAUGACGGCGCAACUAUUUUGAAAUCUGUCAGUAUCGAUAACGCUGCUGCAAAAAUACUAGUAGAUAUAUCGAAAACCCAAGACGACGAGAUAGGCGAUGGAACUACUUCGGUGUGCUGUUUAGCUGGAGAACUACUCCGCGAAGCUGAGAAGCUCCUUGAUGCAAAGAUUCAUCCACAACUUGUAGUAUCUGGUUACCGUAUAGCUGCUAAUGCUGCACAAAAAGCUUUACAAGAAGCUGCAAUGGACCACGGAGCCAAUUUUGAGCAGCUUAAACAAGACCUUUUCUAUAUCGCAAAGACUACCCUUAGUUCGAAACUUUUGGCACAGUCACGUGACCACUUUGCCAAAAUGGCUGUUGAAGCAGUUCUUCGAUUGAAGGGUAGCACCAACUUGGAUCAUAUCCAGUUUAUUAAGAAGACUGGAGGCAACUUGUCUGAUUCUUAUUUAGAUGAAGGGUUUAUUUUGGAAAAAACUUUAGGUGUUGGUCAACCAAAACGAGUGGAGAACGCAAAGAUAUUGAUAGCCAACACUCCAAUGGAUACCGAUAAGAUAAAAGUAUAUGGUGCUCGUGUACGUGUGGAUAGUUACAACAAAGUUGCAGAAAUAGAAGAAGCUGAACAAAAGAAAAUGUUGGAAAAGUGUCAAAAGAUACUUAAUCAUGGCAUUAAUUGUUUCGUCAAUCGACAGUUGAUUUAUAAUCGUCCGGAACAGUUCUUUACUGAUCAUGGAAUAAUGGCCAUUGAACAUGCAGACUUUGAUGGUGUAGAACGAUUGGCUCUUGUGACUGGAGGAGAAGUAGUUUCUACAUUUGAUCAUCCCGAGUUGGUAAAGCUAGGUCAUUGUGGUCUGAUUGAAGAGAGUAUGAUUGGAGAGGACAGGGUUAUUCGUUUCUCCAACUGUGCUGCAAAGGAAGCUUGUACUAUUGUAUUGAGAGGUGCAAACAAACAAAUUUUAGAUGAAGCCGAACGCUCCUUACACGAUGCGCUGUGUGUUCUUUCACAAACUGUGAAUCAUUCAAAGGUUGUGUAUGGAGGUGGUUCAGCAGAAAUGUUAAUGGCAAAGGCAGUUGACGAGGUUGCUAAAACCAUUCCUGGAAAACAGUCACUUGCUGUGGAAGGCUUUGCUAGAGCAUUGCGUGCUAUUCCAACUAUAGUUGCGGAUAAUGCAGGUUUUGAUGCUACGGAACUCAUUUCGGAAAUGCGUGCAGCUCAUCAAAAGGGUGAGAAGGAAGCAGGUAUAGAUAUUCAAAAUGGAAUACUAGGAAAUAUGGCCAAGUUGCAUGUCUUGGAGUCGUUCAAGUUGAAAUCUUAUAUGGUCUCGUCAGCUACGGAAGCUGCAGAAAUGAUCAUUCGAGUAGAUGACAUCAUUAAAGCAGCUCCUAGAAGAAGAGAAGAAUAGUUAUUGUUUGUGAAACAAGUUAUUAAACUCGGAGAUACUUUAAUGUUUUGUCAAAG